CAGGCGGCGGUGGCGACGCAGAGCAGGACGCCCGAGGUGCAGCCGCAGGCACGGAAGCCUAAAACAGGGAUCCUGAUGCUGAACAUGGGGGGCCCCGAGCGGCUGGACGAUGUGCACGACUUCCUGCUGCGCCUCUUCCUCGACAGGGACCUGAUGACGCUGCCAGCCCAGAACAAGCUGGCACCGCUGAUCGCCAGGCGCCGCACCCCCAAGAUCCAGGAGCAGUACAGCAGGAUCGGCGGCGGCUCACCCAUCAGGAAGUGGACAGCACUGCAGGGGGAGGGCAUGGUCAAGCUUCUGGACAGCAUGUCUCCUCACACAGCCCCCCACAAGUACUACAUCGGGUUCCGCUACGUGCACCCGCUGACGGAGGAGGCGGUGCAGGAGAUGGAACAGGAUGGCAUUGAGAGGGCCGUGGCCUUCACCCAGUACCCCCAGUACAGCUGCUCCACCACGGGCAGCAGCCUGAACGCCAUUUACCGCUACUACAGCCAGAGGGGGCAGAAGCCCAGGAUGAAGUGGAGCAUCAUCGACCGCUGGCCCACGCACCCCCUGCUCAUCCAGUGCUUCAGCGACCACAUCCAGAAGGAGCUGAACCUCUUCCCUCCCGACAAGAGGAAAGAUGUCGUCAUCCUCUUCUCUGCUCACUCACUGCCCAUGUCUGUGGUGAACCGCGGCGAUCCCUACCCACAGGAGGUGGGAGCCACUGUGCAGAGGGUGAUGGAGAAGCUCAACUACUCCAACCCCUACAGGCUUGUGUGGCAGUCCAAGGUUGGCCCCAUGCCCUGGCUGGGCCCCCAGACGGAUGAGACCAUCAAGGGGCUGUGCCAGAGAGGACAGAGGAACAUGUUGCUGGUGCCCAUAGCCUUCACAAGCGACCACAUCGAGACCCUCUACGAGCUGGACAUUGAGUAUGCCCAGGUGCUAGCCAGCGAGUGUGGAGUUGAAAACAUCAGAAGAGCAGAGUCCCUGAAUGGAAACCCUCUGUUCUCCAAGGCCCUGGCAGACCUGGUGUGUUCCCACCUGCAGUCCAACGAGGUCUGCUCCAGGCAGCUGACCCUCUGCUGCCCGCUCUGCGUCAACCCAGUCUGCAGAGAGACCAAAGCCUUCUUCACUGAGCAGCAGCAGUGAGGGGUGCUCAGGGGGCACCCCGGGGGGACAGCCCAGCAGAGAGACCACCUGGCCAUGCUCUCCCCUGUGCCACAGCUGCAGGCUGCUGCUCUCCUGAUGUUCACCUCCUGCAGCAGCUGGGAGAGUUGGGCUCUUGGGUUUGUUUUUGCCUGCGUUGUAUUUGAGGAGGGCUGCUGGCAGGCAGGGAGUGAGGAGGUUUAUCCUGGGAGGUGCUCUCCUCCUGGCUAGGCUGGGCAGGAGCCCAAACCCCCACUUUGCUCCGAGGGGGCCGUUUGCUAUGCAGGGGAUGGCUGUGUGCAGCUCUGUCCUGAGUCGCUCUCCUUCACUUUCGGGUCAAGCAUUGCAAGGUUUGGUUUGUUUCCACUUAGAGCACACCCAGCAGAGUGCCCCACUGGCCCUCCUCAUUUCUCAGUGUCCUCUAAUGCUUUGCAAAUAAUGUGGGUUUUUGUUUGUUUUUUUUUUUUACAAUCUAAAGAUAAGGCUUAGUUUGGUUUGGUUUGGUUUGGUUGGUUUGCUUUGCUUUGCUUUGCUUUGCUUUGCUUUGGUUUGCUUUGCUUUGGUUUGCUUUGCUUUGCUUUGCUUUGGUUUGCUUUGCUUUGCUUUGCUUUGCUUUGCUUUUGCUUUGCUUUUGCUUUGCUUUUGCUUUGCUUUGUUUCCUGCUGCCCUCCUGCCAGCAGCUCCUGGUGCAGGCUCAGCUGGGGCAGUACAAUGCACAGGGUUGGUUUGCAUUGCCCAGCACAAGCACUCUCCUUACCUGCAGGAGAGCCUCUGGACCUGAAGAGCACAGAGAGAAAGGAGCAGGGAGGCUUGGGUGGUGCUGAGGAGCACCCUGGCUUGAAGCAGCCUGGGGGGGGGGCCUCAGGCCUAGCACUGUGUGGCAAGUGGGAGCUCCUCCUCUAGGCAGGAAGGCUUGGGAAGGUGCUGCUCCCAAGGGCUGAGGGUCUGAGACCUGCUCUCUGCUGCCUGCUGUGCCACACUGCUGUGGGCUUUGGGGGGUGCCUCUGGAGCUCCAGAGGUUGCCUGCCCUCAGCUGGCUUAGUUGAUGUCCUGGAAAGCUGAGGAGAUAAGCCAGGAGCAGCUCACACUGCAGGGCCUGAGCCCUUGGGCUGGCAGCUGGGUGCUUGGGCAGAGGCAGACUUUGUGUGCCAGAGCUUGGGCACUGCUCAGGGCCAGGGGCAGGCACUCAGACCCCAGCUGGGCUUCUGCCUUCCCUUGGCAGGUGUCAGCAGUCCUGCUGCACCCACUCCAGAGCUGUGCUAGGUCUGUGCUGCAAAACCUUGCCAGGGCACUGUUCCCUCGCUGCCAGCACCAGGACCAUCUCCAGGCUGGUCCUGGGUCAGGAGGAGCCUUUUGUGAGCAGCUGCUGCCCACGGAGCAGCCUGAGUGCUUCAGGGCAGGAGCUGGCAGCCCCUCAGCCGCUGUCCUCUCCUGCCGGGUGGCCCAGAGGAGGGGGCAGGCUGUGCCACGUUGCCUGGCACUGAGCCAUACCUGGUCAGCCUGGCUGCCCCCUUCAGGGUGCUGAUGUUUACCUGACCUGCUUGAGCACUGAAACCAGCCCCUGCUGUGCCAUGCAGGGUGCUCCUGGGCCUUGGUGCCCCUGCCCAGGUGCUGAGGAGCUCAGGCACUUGCCUGGGCUGUGGGACAUGGGCAGCCUGCCCCCCCCUGGGCUGCUCACCAAGGGCACAGCCU